AUGGCCUUCCUUGUUUGGCUCGCCGGCGUGGUGGAGGCCUUCGCUGCAUCGCUGGGAUGCAGCGGGCUUCAGCUCUUGUUGGUCCUGUCGGGCUGUUGGUUGCUAUGGCGAUGCUUCAAUCUAAAGCAGGUUUUCGGGGAUGUGCUUUCUGGUCACGGAGGCUCUGCGAAGGUGACGGUGCCGGCCCAAGGCUUUGAAACAUCCCGGGGCACAUCGGAAAGCUCGGAAAGCUCGGAAGGCGGGAAAGCUCGGAAGUUUGACUACGAGAAGGAGUGGAAGACGUGGCCCAAGGAGUCCAUUCCGUGCUGGGAUCCAGCCACUUUGGAGUUCCUGGGGGAAGUUCCUGCUUGUAGCGAGGAAGGGAUGAAAGAGAAGGUGAGAAAAGCUCGCCUUGCGCAGCAGUCCUGGAAGACUUCCUCCUUCGCGAAGCGUCGAUAUGUCCUGCGGACCAUCCAGCGCUUUAUCUUGGAGAACAUGGAUACCAUUUGCACCGUGGCCUGUCGAGACUCCGGCAAGACAGUGCUGGACGCCAUGGUCGGGGAGCUGACCGUGACGUUGGAGAAGCUUCGCUGGACCAUCGCUUCCGGUGAAACAUACCUGCGUCCCGAGUACCGGGACUCUGGGCUCAUGAACUUGCACAAGACAAGUCGCGUCGAAUGGGAGCCCGUUGGCGUGGUUGGGGCCAUCGUGCCAUGGAACUAUCCCUUUCACAACGUUUUCAACCCAAUGAUUGCAGCAGUCUUCUCAGGGAAUGCGAUUGUCAUCAAAGUGUCUGAGUUUGCAGCCUGGUCUUCGUUGUACUUGGGCAGGGCCCUUCGGCUUUGCCUCGAGGCCUCGGGAGCCCCUCCCGACUUGGUGCAGCUGGCACCGGGAUUCGCGGAAGCGGGAAAGGCGCUUGUUGAAGACUGUGACAAGCUGAUCUUCGUGGGGAGUGUGGCUGUGGGACGCAAGGUAAUGGAGUCCGCCAGUCGAGCAGAAAUCCUGACACCGGUAAUCUUGGAGCUUGGGGGCAAGGAUCCCUUCGUGGUUUGCGAGGAUGCUACGGUUGACGAGGCUCUGGUGCAGCUGGUGGUUCGUGGAGCCUUCCAGAACAUGGGCCAGAACUGUGCGGGGCCCGAAAGGUUCAUCGUCUACGACAAGGUCUAUGAUACUUUCUGCCAGAAGGUGGCAGAUCUCGUCAGAAAGUUACGGCAGGGACCCCCUUUGGGCCCAGAGGGGCCGUCGGUGGACUGCGGGGCCUGUGUGCAUCCUCCCAGUCUUUUGAAUUACCAGCGCCUGGUCGACGACGCCGUCCAGAAGGGCGCCAAAGUCCUGAGCGGCGGGAAGAGGAACUCGGACUUAGGUGCACAGUUCUUCGAGCCCACGGUGCUCUGUGACGUAACGGAGGAGAUGCUCAUUGCGCAGGAGGAGACCUUCGGCCCGAUCCUCUCCAUCUUCCGUGUGCCCUUUGAAGGCCGGAAAGCCGACGCCGAGGCGCUGCGCCUGGCCAACGCCUGCCGCUUCGCGCUGUCCUCCUGCGCUCACGGAGACGAGACGCGAGCCGAGUACCUCUGCCGGCACUUCGAGGCCGGCAUGGCAAGCGUAAACGAUGUCGAGGGCACCACCUACCUCAGCCAGUCACUGCCCUUCGGCGGCUUCAAGGACUCGGGCUUUGGGCGCUUUGCGGGCCCCGAGGGCUUGCGAGGUCUCUGCCACGAGCGCUCCAUCGUCCAGAACCGCGCCACUUUCCUGAAGCCGAGCAUCCCUCCGGCCAUCGCCUACCCAGCAUCUGGCCAGGGCGAGGCACAUGUGGUGUGUGGCCCCUCUGCCCCCCAAAUUUUGUGGAUUGCGCGAUUCUUGGGUGGAAUUCGCCUACCGCCCUCUUCCCGGACCCGGAUACUUCUCGGCUGUAAGGCUAGCAUUCUCAAGAUUUCACAAGUUCCAUUUCCAUUUCUUCAGGAGCAGAUAGUUGUGAAACAAACAUAUCACAUCCCUCGUUAUUUCACCAAAGUCACGCACAUUACUUUAGCCACUAGUGUAUCGUUUUGGUUCAAACAGACGAAAGAGAGAGAUGCAAGAUCACAACCUGUUCCCUUAUCAAUCUACUUGUAUGUCUUAGUAGUUCUACUACUGGUAGCACAUGAUCUAAGAUUGUCUAUUGACAAACAGAAGGUGUAUUCAAUCCUUCGUUCUGUUAAUGUUGACUUUGCGUGA